AUGUUUCCUUACGAUGUUCCCAACUCCCAAAGAUUGAGAGCUUCCCCCUCAGCCAUUCCAUUCCAGCGCUCUGUAACUCAGGCGGAUGCCCAGGGCAUCAUCUGUUACGAUGCAGGGUCUCUUUUGCCCAGCGGGAAACUUCUGGAGGGAAUGCGUGAGGAGAUGCAGAGAGGCCAGGCCAGCGUAACAGUCUGGUCUUGCCUUGGGAGAAGGUGUUAACCAAUGUGUUGACAGACAGUGGAGUAAAACAGGGGAGCUGUGCAGUGCUGGAAUGAGAGGUCACAGGCUGCUGCUUCAGUGUCUUUAGGGGUAAUAAUUCAACCCAGUCGUAUACCUCACUAAAUAAGAUGAACAGCUCAUGUCAGCUCUGACUCUUACCUCCCACAGAGUUGAAAUAAUAAUGUGUGAUGAAGCAGAGCUGGGACCCUGAUGUUCAUGCGGAGGAAAGGUUCUAUCUUUUCACCCCCCUCAAUGCUAUUGGUUCUCACUGUUUAGGGCAUAAUGAUCUGUUGAUUCUUAUUGAAAUAAUCUGUCAAUCUGUUUUGAAUUUAUUGUUCUCAUUUGUAUGAAUUUAAUUACUUCUUUCACUUUAGUAAAGUCAAAACGUUCAUGACAUCGAAAAGCUUGUUUGAUCCAAUGACAAUUGUUUCCAAUUAUGUAAUGUGCUUUUAAAAGAGGAAAUUAAAAACCCAAACAUUUACUUGAAACCAACUGUACUUGAAAAGUGUGAAUGAAAAGUAAAGAGAGAGAGGGAGGAAGAAAGUAAUGUGGCACUGCUUAGGUUCCAGUAAAAUGAAAAGGCCUGACUUUAAAAUGUUGAAUUAGAACUCUCAACAGGGGUAACUGCUCUACCGCCACGACUCCAGGCACUGUGCCACAUCUCCCUGAGGAAAACACAAGUGUUGAUUAGUUUAUGGGAGACACAGUACUGCCCCUUAGAAACUUUUUGUGUAGGGGGAGGGUGGUUGAAUAAAGUGGAUUCAGAGUCCUGAAUGUGGCCAGUUGCUUUUUUUUUGCAAAUGUUGUUUUGCAGUGGAAACACAGGAAAGAAAGCAUGCUCGCCAAAACCCGCUGAGCAGUCUUUUUUUCAGCCUGGUGAAAAAAAAUGAAUUAUUCAGCAAUAAGCAUUUGUGAGCUUUGAUCUAGGAAUCAGGUGUCUGCAUGAAUGCCCUUAUUGUCAUGUUAUGUGUACACAGUGUGUGAAUUAUUGAAAACAGCGCGGCCCCCAGCUUCAUCUGGUAGAGAUUACAGUGCAGGCACGCUGGGUGGCCCGGCCGCGAUUGAAAUCCCCAGAUGAUGUUUAUUUGUCCAGGGGAAGGAGACCUGGUUCAGUCACCCUGGCCUUACCUAAAUGCUCCUUGUGAGGAGGUGAGACUUGGGUCACAACUCUCGCCACACCCCUCCUCAUGGUGCCCCGCCUACAACAAUCCCCAGCCCCCGUCACAUAGCAGAGCAACACCUGUCUGGGUGUGGCAGACACAUGGAGCAAGGUGUUGCGCUACACAAAAUGUGUUUACUUAAUUUCUUCCGUUUUUUCACUGUGUUGAUUUAAAUUUGCUAUUUUGAAAAGGCACUGGUAAAUCUGCUACAUCAGGGUGUCUUCUUUCAAAAGAAACUGAACAUUUGAAAUGCUUAUAUAUAGAGCCAGUAGUGAAACUAGGGGCUAAUACAUUUUAUAAAAUAGUGAAAGCAAACAUCUUGGCAUCCAAACCCCUCUGGCAUCCAAGAAUAAGACUGAGGGAGAAAGCGAGAGAGAGCGAGAGAGAGAGAGAGAGUGAGAGAGAGAGAGAGAGAGAGAGAGAGAGAGAGAGAAAAAAAAACACCCCCUCGCCAGGUGUUGUUAAUGGCAGUAACUCAAGGGGCAAUACCCAGACUGGCCCUCCUUUCAUCUGACACACCUGAACAGAGCACUGGGUUCACAACAGGUGGAGGCUUCAGCCUGGCUGCCUCGGUGUGACACUACACAAACAACAGGCAGCACAUACAUCUCCAGCCUAACAACCCAGACCUGCCUGCCAUCGCCUCAAUAACCACCUCCACUACGCUUGUUCUAUACUUCACUUUAUUCACCAUCCUCAUGUGCAGCAUCUGCAUUAGGUGGUCCAUCCACUGCCUUUCACAGGAAAUGUUGUAGUUUUUCUAUUCUGAGAACACAGUCGCUGCUCCGUAGCAAAUGUACCGUUGUAUAUUGAUGAUGCUAAGUGAAAUAUCAAGACAAGGCCAUUAAUUGAGCUGGAGAAAAAAAGCUGGUUUAGUUGUUUAAAGGACGUGUUGCAUUACAUGGGAGAGAGAAGUAGGUCCAUGGCAUUAGUUGCCUUCAGCUGGACACAUCAUUAGAGUGGCUCCUUACCUAUAAUUUGUGUAAUAGUUUUAGGGGUGGCAGUAUAUUAUUACCAUAUGAAAAGGCUAAUCCGGGGUCAGUGUGCCUCGCUGCAGCAAUAAGAGGCGAGCUGAGGGCAGAAGAAUGUUUAGAGCUGCCAUUAAUUGGAAAUCACUACAAAGCCCAUGCUUUAAUUAUCAUUUAGAGAACAACACUGCUUAAAUUAAUAUAUUUCCUUUGCCAUUAUUUACAGUAACAGUAUGAAUGUCUGGAUCUGUUUCCUUUCAUAUCGUGAGGCUUUGAAGAGAAUGGGAUUAAAUUAGAUGAAUUUGAAAGGCUGUAUGCUUGUUGUAAGGCUUUCUCAUGCUAAUGAAACAUGCCGCUUUUACAUUUAAAUGGGAUUUUUGUUUGUUUGUUUGUCGAGAUAUAUAUAGUGAGAUGUAAAUGUCUGAUGAUUAUACAGUAUGAUGCAUAUUUGACUAUUGUGUGCUUUAUUUGUGUCAUUGUAAAUUGAAAGGAGCACACUGAAGUCCAGGAUCUCAAUGAUGGUUUAUUUUGUGCUAACCUUUCUCUCUCCUUUCUGUGUGCUUUCUGCAGGUCGGAAUGAGCUGAUAGCCCGAUACAUCAAGCUACGGACUGGUAAGACGAGGACAAGGAAGCAGGUAAGAGGGGAGCGGAUAUGUUUGCAUGGCAUGUUAAACUGAAGAAGGCCAUCACACCUGAAUGUGACUACUGCCUGUGCUUCUGCUGGAGAGAACACAGGGCACACUCACACACACACUCACACACACUCACAGUUGCAUGGAGCUUUGCUGCCUGCUUUGUCUGAUGGGAGGCUGUCUUACCAUACCCUGGAUGUGUUCAGUCUUCUUACAGUUAUCCUGCAAAAGCUCUCACACACACACACACACAAACACACACACUGACUUGGACACCCUCACAUUACAGUAACGCAACUAUAAGACCAUCGUUCCGUCUGGAAGAGUGUGUUAUAAGAGGGCUACAUUACUCAAUAUUUGUUGUAAAAAAUGUAUUUAGUGUUUUUAAAUAAUCACAACAGAAACUGGAUUAGGACAUGGAUGAUAGGACAUUGAUUAAUACCAACAUAAUUUUUGUCUGUUAGAAGUUUCCAGUUGAUGUAAGACACAGACUGUAGAUAUAAAUAGAGGUUGUCUAUAAGCUCCCAUAAUAUCAGUUGGUGGGAAGCUGUCUGGCCAUGUGGUCCAUCAGUCUGGUUGAGCAGGAAGUCAUGCUCAUGACCACUGGCUCGUAUGUCCAUGAUAAACACCCCUGUGUCCAGACUGGCACUCUAUAGCUGGGUGGGAAAUUGAUCAGCCAGCUAAAGAAAGGUAAUGUGUGCUAUGUCUCUGUAAUUCACUCUCUCAAUGGGGAAUCACACAAGAUAGAGGGUUGUUUUCCUGCUGUAAUAGAAUUUAUGAUACAACCAAAACACACAACUAUUUUAUAUUUAAUGAUUGAAGUGAUGAGAUGUUAAGAAAUCAGUCUCAAUCAGAAAUCAUUGUAAUUUAUUUGAGUUAAUUAACUCAAUUAACUAAAUUAAAAUAUUAUGAUUACUUCCACAUUCACUGUUCUAACUAAAGAGCUCUGUUCUGUAUGUGAGACUAAAGCAAACAAUAUCAGGAAAAUGGUUGAUUAAAAUAAGGAAUGUCAGAUUGAAUUUUAAUUGUAAUCUUAUUUUGGUGAGCUGGAACGGAGUACUUCACACUUCCCCAUCACCCUGCUCUCCCUAUUAACAGACAUGCUUUUAGGCGUUGAUCAUUCCCCGGUGAACUGCCUCAACAGCCACUUGUGUGUGAUUGGCCUGAUUAAGACCGAGAGCAGAGAAGGAAAUCCCCCUCAGACCAAGCGUUCGUCUCUCCCCCCAUCAGAAAUACAGACUGACCACACAUUAUCUUACUAUAGCCAACCAUUUACACUACUGAAUAUUUUAUACAAAAGCAUUACAUAUUUCCAAGUCUGUCUGAAUGUUGAAAGCAGCAUGGGCCUCUGAAACGCCUUAUCCGGCUCCCUUAAGAAUACAAGACUGGCCGAUUCUCAUUCAAUACACAGUCGAUCACAUCUGCGCCCUGUUAAUGUGUGCUAAAGAGGCCUGCAUCCUUCUUAAUCAGCUCACUUAAGUGACAACAACAGGCAACACAAUGCUUUGUGGCUGUGAGCUUGGUGUGUGGCUUGGAGAUGCUUCUAUUAUCCUAUUGGGCAGCUCAAAUCCCCCUGAAGUGUUCUCAACAAAGAGAUGUGUAAUCCUUUUUGUAUUUUUGGUUUUCUUGUUUUUUUUCUCCCUUCUUUUGUUUAAAAAAAUGGAGGUGUCUAGUCACAUACAGGUCUUAGCAAGAAAGAAAGUUCGAGAAAUCUCAGCUGCCAUCAAGGUACGUCUGGCUUUGCCCAGUUGCAGGGGGGCUUUUCAUCGCCAUGGUUACAGGCUGUUCCUUUGUUUUCCUCCCCUCUCCUACCCCGCAGGUGUCUAGUCACAUUCAGGUUCUUGCCAGAAGGAAAUCUCGUGAGUUUCAUUCCAAGCUAAAGGUAUGCGCUUUUCUGCUUUUGGGCUUGUGGUUGCUGUGCGUCGUCUUACUUCCUGUUUCCCGUGGUGACAGAGUGAAUGCCUGACGCUCUGAUUCCCGUAGCCUAGAUCCCCUGCUUAUGAUUAGAAUUCAUAAAAUAACCCCCCCCCCCCCCCCACACACACACACACACACACACACACACACACACACAAAGUGUUUUAUUUCUAUUUUCUUUAUUGUCAUUGAACAAUAAGUGCAUUUGCUUUGAAAACAAUUGUAAGGAUCUGUUUAAAUACUUAAGAAAUUUAUUUUACGUUUGUGAAAAAUAUACAAUAUAGUUAUUACUAGUGUCCGUAAUGCAAGUCUGAAAAUAGCAAAGUGUUAGAUAUAAUGUGAAUGAGAAAUUCAAUAUUCUCAUGAGAGCAAGGCUCGCAAAUAUUCUAAAUCUGUUCCACAGAGCUCAGAGUGGACACGCUCAAAAAGAGCUUAAAGAAUUUCACUUUCUUCUGUAAUUUUUGCCAAGAAAAAUAUGUUAAUGUUAGCCCAGACAUCCUAAAGGCAAUGUCAGCAUUUUCUACAGUUAAAUGAAAAUGAGCCCAACCACGUUGGAUCCUUCUAAAACCCUCAAAGCAAAUGCACUCAUAGUUCGUAGACUUUGUUGCUCCUUUCUUUCUGUUUGGCAUGACAAUGUGAACCAGAAUCAGAGGUUGGUACUGGUGUUAUCUGUACUGUAUGUGGGAAAGCAUGUUGGCAAGAUGCAUUGGCUGUUGGUGAGUGGCUGAGAGCUGGAGUUCAGAGGUCAUCAGCAGAAGUCUGUUUACAUGUCAUAAGCAGACACAGUAUCAGCCACUGAUGUGCUGCAUGUUAAAAGGGUUUAGGUUCAAAGACUAAGGGUGGUCUAUGAAAAAACCUUUGCCUCUUUAUUUUGCUGUUUUAACCUAAUCAUCUUCCCCUGUCAGUGCUGAGUUAAGACCAUGAGGAAGCAGCAUCUCAUCUGCCCUCUCUGCUGUUGCGCACUCCCUCCAUAUUGAUAACUCUAAGCUAUCACAUUGACAUGGCUAUCAGUUGCCUUCCUUUCUCUGUGUGUAGCUGUCCUAUUACAUUCUUCCUCUGUGACUCAUUUUACCAAUAGUAAUGUGUUGAAAAUCAUGGGCUAACACCAAAUAUACCCUUUCCAAAAUGUCUUCUGAAAAAUUUUUUAUUGUGAAAGGUGUAAUCUUGUAAUAAAUGUACCUGUAAUUCAAAGCAUUUUUACAAGGGUCAUUUGGUAAUGUAUGUGUGUUUAAAGACCUUAAGGGUUGCCAGAUUUCUUUCUUUCUUAUCUUUAUGAGGGGAUGACUACAUCUUUUGACUUUCACACGUUUCCCCUGUUCCCAGUGUUCAGAUGGAUUAAUGACCCCUCAUUAGUGUGUGUGUGUGUGUGUGUGUGUGUGUGUGUGUGAGUGAGUGAGUGAGUAUCAGCCAGCUGUGAAUGCCUGGUCUUUCAGGCACAGUGCGGCUGUCUGAGUUAAAACAGCCAUCUUUUGUAUGGGUCUCUGUCUACUCUCAUCUAAAGCAAAUUAGAGAUCAGCAGCAAAGAGAAAGGCAUGCGCCCCCCUCCAUUUACAGGGAACAUCGCUGUAAAUCUGCUCUGUCUCUUUUCUUAUCUGAAACAUGUUGAGUGAAAUGACAGUCAUUAUGGUGCCAUUCUCUGUGCUACUUCUCUCAAACCAUAGCUGACCAUAGUGAUCAAAUCCUCAGACAUUCCAAGUCCACCACAUUCUCCAAAAUGUCCCACCCCACAUUAUUAUUCAUUGACGUAUCCAAGUUUCAAUGUGACAGCAGUGCUAGUUGAUUAAUUACUCUUGAGGUUCCUGUACCGACACUUUCUUUCAGUGUAAUGUUUUGACAGAGGACAUGGCAUAAAUACUUGAAACUGCAGUUUUAUUUGAAUACACAUUUGAAUAUUUUAUACCAUUUAACAAUGGUAUUUUGUCAGUCCGGGUUUUCAAAAAUGUUUGUUAUGACCAAAGGAUAUUAUAUAUAUGAUUCAAUUGAAAUCAUAUACUUUUACAAGCAUUAUGUGAAAUUUGAUUAAUCAAAUCGGAUUAACUGAAACCUUCAUUGUCAAAUUGAUUGAAGUGAUUUCUAUAAAUGCUCUUUGUUAUCAAGGUAUUGUGUGUUGGGUCAUUGAAAUCAAAAUGCUUAUUGAUAAAACAUAAAUUGUUACAUCUUGCUAUUGCAGGAUUGUUGUCCAGAGGGAUUAUAAAAUUACAAUAAAACCUUGUUUGUUUGCAUUCAGGUUACAAGCAUGGUAAGUAUCAAUUAUCCGCCCAAGCUCCUGGCUCUGCUCUUGCCAGACCUGUCAGCUGGUUGAGUAUCUUUGCUUCUGCUAUAGUACCAUAGCUGCUGCUGCAGCCCAGUGACUGUCUAGUCUGUGGGCCUCUAUCAUAGCUUCACACCACUCCACCUACAGAUACUGUACAGCUCUUGCCAGCAUGCUGACCCUCAGCUUCUGCAUGUGUUCUCAUGGGGAUCCUAGUUCUGUAGGGAUGGGUCAGAAGUCAUACUGUAUACUGCUAAGUACUCUACUUGUGUUGGGAUAAGAAACGACAUUUCUGUGUGUUUGUGCUGCUGCUGCGUUAACACCCAGUAGAAAAGGAAUGCAAUAGAUAGGGUUUAGCUGGAUGGUAUACAGUAGACCUCUGAGUGGAACUGAUGCAAGGGAGUAUUUCUCCACCAUUCCCUCAGACACUAACUCCCUACUCCUGCUAUCGAUUCAUUAAAUCUUUCUUGAUAUCAACAUUACAUUUCUGAUAUGCAAAGGCUGAGAGUAGUCCUCAUGUACUGUAUUGAGCUGAAGCCUUUCUCAUAAGGAGAAGAGUGGAGGGAUGUAGUGAGAGGAGCCAUGAAAGGAACUCUUAACCAAAGCUUUCGUCCUUCUGACUUACUUUAGUAAUUCUCUUUGUAUGGUUAACUGUGUUCUGGCAGGCAGACAAAUCCAUCCUUGACAUAAGAACUAUUGAAUUAUGUUAUAUUCAAGGAAUAGCAGAGAAAGGAUUUAUUAUUACUCACUCCAAUAUAUUACCUAUUCUAUAUGGUAGGAAGUGUGUUAGUGAUAGAUUAGUCAUCGAGGAAACUUGCUUUUAUUAAGUGAAUACCCACACUUACCAUUUUAUACAGUAAUUCAAUUCUCACUUUACUCUGUGGCACAUUCCUUUGAAACAAUCCACUUCUUUAAUGGCUGCCACAAUAUGUUUGCUUUUAACAUGCAUGCUGUCCGUCAUUGUUGGAGGCGAUGAUGUGUGUUUAGAAGCGUGGCUGUUGUUAUUACUGUUCUAUGUCCCCCAUCUUGCCCUCUGUGAGUGCUAAGCCUUUUGUGACUGCCGUUGAAGGAUCAGACCGUGAAGGACAAAGCCCUCCAGAGCAUGGCCUCCAUGUCCUCGGCUCAGAUCGUCUCUGCCACUGCCAUCCACAACAAACUGGGCCUGCCAGGCAUCCCGCGCCCAGCCUUCCCCGGAGCGGCAGGGGUAAGAGGCCUGCCGGCAACUCACUAUCGGUCCACUCAGACCAACACACCACAGCGCCAACACAGCUGACGUCCCAUCCAAAUCACAUUACACACAUUAGGGCUUUAUGGAAACUGACCACAUCUGAUAAGCACACAAUCAAAACAAAUGCUAGUCGAGAUAACUACAUGUAUUAAUUGUGCUGCUUGGAAGUAUUUUUUUGGGAUUUGUGUUUGGAUGUUUUGUUGUGCAUUGAUUUAUCUAAUUCUCUAGUUUUGGCAGGGCAUGAUAUCGACAGCCCAACCUGGAUCAUCACAAGAGUGAGUAUCGUGUUCUAUUCUCAGAAAACAUGCAACGUGACUGUUUUCUGUUUCUCUCCCCCUCUCUGUUUCUCUCUGUCACCCUCUUGCUGUUCCUCUCACUCUCUCCAUCACUGUCGCUCUCCUUGUCACGUACUCGCCAAUAUUUUCUUUGUGGGUUGCAGCAGUUGAAGGAUCUAUAUGUUCCAGAGAUACAAAUACUCGUACAAAUACUUCAGUCAGCCUUCUUUCUUCCUCACUGUUUGUCAGUAGUAAUAUGUUCAAUAUGUUGCUCUGUAGAAGUUCCAGACCAUUGCAUUUUUCUAAUGGGCUCCUCCCUCUGUUUUAGCAUCAAGCCGUUCACCCAACAAGCAUAUCCCAUCCAGCCGGCAGUAACAACAACGAUUUCAAGUAAGGCUUUCACUCAUGCUUACAACCAAUUUCCUUUUUCCUAAAUUUGUCUUAAUAAGUAGACCUAUAGCGUUGUUUAAAAUCAGACAUUAUAAUAAGUUAUGGAGAUAAAACUCAAUUUGAUGAUAUCUCAGAGAGAGAGUUGUGUCAUCUGAGUGUUACUCAUGGUGGUUGUGAUGCAGGCUAUGAGCCCACGUCAGCCCCAGUCCCCACAGUCCCAGCGUGGCAUGGCCGCUCCAUCGGAACAUCCAAGCUCCGGCUGGUGGAGUUCUCUGCCUUCCUGGAGCAGCAGAGAGACCAAGACUCAGUGAGUAUCAGAGCCCCAUACUCAUUUAAAUUUAUCAGACACUCUUAUCCAGAGCCACUAGGGUUAAGUGCCUUGCUCAAGGGCACAAACAGAUUUUUCACCUAGUCGGCUCGGGGAUUCGAACCAGCAACCUUUUGGUUACUGGCCCAACGCUCUUAACCACUAAGCUACCUGCCACUACUCAUCACCCACUCUGCAUAUGUAUUAUAUGUAUCUUGUAUUUACCACUCUACCAGGCUACUCAUCACCACACUACACCACUACACACUGCCACUGACCUAUUCACUGUAUCCAGAAUGGCACUACCUCAGGUUUUUUAUGGGGUUUUAAUGUUGAGAGAAAAAAUACCGGCAAGCUCUUAUAGCUCUUCUUUUUCAUGAAAGCAUGUAAAAGCAUGUCAAGAUAGGGAGGGUAUUGUCCGUAUUCGUGGCCACUCUCAUGAGACAUAGCUGUCAGUCAUUUCCAGCUCUUAUCACCCAGUUCUGGCCCCCUCUCAACACACAGAGGGUCUAGCUGCACACUGCCGAGGAUCAAAGAGACGAGAAUGAAUGCACACACUAGAUUGAAUUCCCUUCACUAGUUCUGACCGACCAUACACACACACAGAACACUGGGAUUAGGGAAAGUAAGGGUCCACAGACCCAUGUCACAUCAUGUGAAAAGGCACACAGACCAGCAGCCCUAAACUCAUGCCUCACAUUCUUUAUUGUUUGGUUUGGACGUGAGCGAUCUGUCUUGGUUUGUCUGCAUUCCCCCGAGAAUUUUAUUUUGCUAUUGAUAUCGCAUGACAACAGCCAUUAAUCUUGCAUUUAGCUGAAUAUUUGAGAUGGUUACAUGGCCUGAAGGCUAGGCUGGAGAGGCCAUGCAGCAGUCUGGUACUGAAGUAAAGGGCAACAGUGACUUUGAAAUAACCCUCAUGAUAAGAUUUGAUUCUCUCACAACAAGAGCAUUAGGACAAUAGUACAGAUUUAAUUGUGAAGAUAUUCCCGGAUUUGCUGGCAUUCCUCCUUUUUGUCUUAUGACUAUAUAUCUUAUCUAUAUUUUUAUAUCUCAUAAACCAUGGAGAAUAGACUGACUGGUACUGUAAAUUACAAUAGUUUUUCUGAGGAUCUCAGUCAGCCAGAUGUUUUACAGUUAUUGAAAACAGAACAGCAAUAAAACUGCAACUUCUGCAUGAGAGAUCAAUACUCAAAAGCAUUUUUUGAUGAUUUACAAAUGUGUCUUUUUGAUAUUAGCCCUGUAAGAUCCUCCUGUUUACUCUCUUUCAGUACAACAAGCACCUCUUUGUGCACAUCGGACAGACAAACCACUCCUACAGCGAUGCCUUGCUGGAGUCAGUGGACAUUCGUCAGAUUUAUGACAAAUUCCCUGAAAAGAAAGGAGGACUGAAGGAGCUCUUUGGCAAGGGUCCCCAGAAUUCCUUCUUCCUCAUAAAAUUUUGGGUGAGUGUCAUGUUGCUAAGUAUCGGCACUGGUCUGGUGACUGAAUAGCACUUGAGUGUGAACAGUAGGCCUGUGUGUUUGCAUGAGGAAAGAGGUAAAGAAAAGAUAUGGAGAAGACACUGUAUUGUGGAAAGAAAAAUAAACUCACAGAUAUUUAACCAAAUAUGUUCACAGAAUUACUUACUAUUAAUUAGCUUGUGAAAUGAAACUGGUGAGUAUUUUAUGCAUUUUGUUCUACAUUAGUAUCUCCAUAAAGAUAUAUUGUAUAUAAUUUCUCAUGUUGUUUCUGUGGAAUAAAGCAUUUCCUGUUUUACAACCCAGAGAAAACAGGAUUUGUUUGGUUUAAUCUCCAGUGGGUUUAAUCAGAGGCUUAAACACUGUAGAUGGCUGCAGAAUGCAUGUUGCUAUAUUUGGCCUCGCAUAGCAGGAGAGCUUGUGAUCAAAGGGCUCGCUAAUUCAGUGUAAUAUCUAAAAACAAUGGAGUGACCUGGUUACACUCUUAAUGGCUGUUUAAACAUUGCAUGUAUUUUACCCCAAUGGAAAAUGCUAACUAGCGGCAGCCAACAAAGUGGGGCUCGCCAUGGCAGCCAGAACAGCCCGCUCAAAUUCCUUUUGAAGUGACCGGCCAAUCUGAAUUUCAAAUGAAAGGCACAAUCUGCACAAUAAUUAAAGUGUAACUGCUUUGACUAAUGAAGGAGGAGGAUGCUAUAGAAGGAGAUGUGCUCUUUUUGUCCCCAUAAUGAACAUGAUGUCCUGGGCCUGGAGAGCUGCCCUCGGAGAACUGCUCCUUUUCACUAGCAUGAAUCAGUCCCUUAACAUAACUUCAUUUAAUCUCCUUUAUAAUCUAGUUCCAAAUAUGGAUUACAUUUACAUAGUCAUUCAGAGGUGGCUAAGAAGUGUGUUAUUUAUUUAAGAAUGUCCAUUCACGUGAUCACUGAUGCCCAGCUAGAUGGUAAUAUAUUUGCAGGUUUAGGUCGUUAUUUAUUUGAGAUAAAUGACGACUUUCAAUCUACACUAACAAUUUUCCAUUGCAUGGUGCAUUUACAUACAACUCUGUUCUGCAUCCCUUUAAAUCUUCAUCUGAUUGCCCUCUCACUAGAGGGCAGUAUUGUGAUGAUGGCCAUUUUUUUUCCUAAAACACAUUUCUCUCACCUCAUAUGGAUGAACAAAUGAGACACAUUUCUGUCUUACCAACGACUAAUAUUGUGUUAUUUGUGGUUCCCAGGCUGACUUGAACUGCAACAUAGAGGAUGAAGCGGGGUCUUUCUAUGGAGUGACCAGUCAGUAUGAGAGCUCUGAGAACAUGACAAUCACCUGCUCAACUAAGGUGUGCUCCUUUGGCAAGCAGGUGGUCGAGAAGGUGGAGGUGGGUACUCAAUCAGUCUUAUUGUUAAAAAAACAAAACAUGUUGAUAUCAGUAUAUGUGGAGGCGGAAGAAGCGCACACCUGGUUAGGUGAGGUGCUGGCUAGCGGAGUAGAACACCUGGUUAGGUGAGGUGCUGGCUAGCAGAGUAGAACACCUGGUUGGGUGAGGUGCUGGCUAGCAGAGUAGAACACCUGGUUAGGGGAGGUGCUGGCUAGCAGAGUAGAACACCUGGUUAGGGGAGGUGCUGGCUAGCAGAGUAGAACACCUGGUUAGGGGAGGUGCUGGCUAGCAGAGUAGAACACCUGGUUAGGGGAGGUGCUGGCUAGCAGAGUAGAACACCUGGUUAGGGGAGGUGCUGGCUAGCAGAGUAGAACACCUGGUUAGGUGAGGUGCUGGCUAGCAGAGUAGAACACCUGGUUAGGUGAGGUGCUGGCUAGCAGAGUAGAACACCUGGUUAGGUGAGGUGCUGGCUAGCGGAGUAGAACACCUGGUUAGGUGAGGUGCUGGCUAGCGGAGUAGAACACCUGGUUAGGUGAGGUGCUGGCUAGCGGAGUAGAACACCUGGUUAGGUGAGGUGCUGGCUAGCGGAGUAGAACACCUGGUUAGGUGAGGUGCUGGCUAGCGUAGUAGAACACCUGGUUAGGUGAGGUGCUGGCUAGCAGAGUAGAACGCCUGGUUAGGUGAGUAGAACACCUGGUUAGGUGAGGUGCUGGCUAGCAGUGUAGAACACCUGGUUAGGUGAGGUGCUGGCUAGCAGUGUAGAACACCUGGUUAGGUGAGGUGCUGGCUAGCAGAGUAGAACACUUCAAAAAGAAAAGGAGAGCAGCAUACUAGGAGUUCAGAUGCAAUCAUUGAUUACCAACGUUUAUCACCAAGCUGUCUUCAUCAGGGUAUAAUGACAAACACUGCGGGUCACUAGUUUAUAUCGUUUGGAAGGACACACAGGUGUCUGUAAUCAUGGCCAGCUGUGGCAUGAUUUUAUUUGUCGAUUUACAAAUAUAAGUAGAACAUAUAAAUGAAUGGAUUACAUACGAUCAUAGAUACAAUUAGUCUACAGCAUAUACGCCUACAAACACAUUAUUUACAAUGGAUAGCAAAAACACAAUAUUCACAGGAACGGCUUCAGAUCAAACUCUACGAUGAGACCGAAGGGAGCAAGGGUCUUUAAAUUAAAGAUCCAGGCGGCCUCUCGUUUUAACAAUAAAUUGUCAAGGUCACCCCCUCUCCUAGGGAGGGUGACAUGUUCGAUGCUGAUAUAGGGAAGGUAAACAGUAUGUGUCACACAUUUCUGGAUGUUGGUUCUCUCUCCCCAGACGGAGUAUGCCCGGUUUGAAAACGGACGUUUUGUGUACAGGAUAAGCCGGUCUCCCAUGUGUGAAUACAUGAUCAACUUUAUCCACAAGCUCAAACACCUGCCUGAAAAAUACAUGAUGAACAGUGUCCUGGAGAACUUCACCAUCCUAUUGGUAAGCGUUAUGUCCUGUCGUGUCCUGUAUGUCCUAUUACUGCUUCCUAAAGCAGCCAAUUACAAAAGUCAGUCUCUCACUACUCUAACCUGUGGCUAGGACCCUCCCUCUCCUUUAUCCUGGCUUUCUGCUGGGCUCCUUUGGCUCCAGCGAGCCUGAAAAGAGGAGCUCUGACUGGGGCCUGAGAUGAGCCUUGCUCCCUGCUCCUGCAUUCCUCGCAUUUCCACAGGGGAUGGAACGCAGUGUGAGGAGCCUCAUUAUCUGCAGGGAGGAGGAGGGGAGGGGGAGAUCAGAGGGGGUGGGGACCCCUGUUAUUAGCCAUCACAUGGGGGCUUAAAGUCCUAUUCUCCACUGCAGAGAGAGCUAUUUUUAAUGCUUGUGUUGGGUGUGCACUCUCAACACGGCCCUGGUUUUGUCUGUUUCAUAUUUUUCACCCGCUCCUUUAAAUUCCUUAGAUUUUCCAAAUUGACUUGUUUUUGUCACACUGUUUGCUGAUUGACAUCUGUCCGUGGGCCUUUUUACAUCGGAAAGUCAUUUUCCUGAGACUCAGAUUCCUCUCCAGAGACUGCUCAUUGCAUUACAUGGAGUGGGAUUGUGUUAGGUCCGAAUGACUAACAUGAUGUCUCCGUCUCUUCCAGGUGGUGACGAACAGGGACACACAGGAGACUCUGCUGUGUAUGGCGUGUGUGUUUGAGGUGUCGAACAGCGAGCACGGUGCGCAGCAUCAUAUCUACCGACUGGUGAAGGAAUGAGACUCCUAAACCCCCUGAAUCCUCCCUUUACAUAGACUAAAGAACCUCAAAACAAAGUGGCAGUGCCUCUAGCUGAAAAUCACACAUACACUGCUUUUCGGUCACAUUUUGGGUGAAGCUUAUUGUCAUUCAUUUCUUUGUAUAUUAAUGUAUGUAUUUGAUGUUUGACUGCAGCUGUGAAUUGUGGUACAGUUGUUCUACGUUUUGAUACAGGAGAAAUUCUUCAUUUUAAGGAUGGCGAGUCAAUCUUUGUUUGUAGGAUGUACAUAUAAAAUUGGCAGUAUGUAAGGAAUCUGUUGGUUGGGUUUCAUUUGGUCAACAGACAUGUGUAUGUUGUCUUUUUCUGCUUUGAACUUGUAAUGUACACUAAGAAAACACUAGAAAGAUGUUCGUUUUUUUCCCAUGGGUUCUGUAAACUACUGUCUGUAGUUGAUUUGUGAGUGUAUAGGUCACAGGAGGUUGGUGGCAUCUU